AAUUUUUGUCUCUAUAUUAACCUGGCUACCGCCCAGUGAUAGUGUUACGCUUGGCCCAUCGUUGAAGCGUGUACUUGUGAGUUAAAAAUGUUGAAACCAAGAUUGCACAAAGCAAUUGUCUGGACCUUCAAUGUUAUAUUGGCGAUUUUCGUAGUUCCUAUAGCGCUUUUAGUGACCACCAUAAUUACUAAUAUUGAAAGUUGCCGACGCAAAGAGGAAAAAUCUAUUAAAAAUGAAGUGGCCGUUGUCACUGGUUCAGCAACUGGACUGGGUAAACAUCUCGCUAUAGCAUUGGCCGCCAGAGGAUGCCAUGUCGCUAUAUGUGACAUCAAUUUUGAUUUGGCUGUGACGACAGCUCAAGAAAUUGCCGACAAAUAUGGCGUCAAAACAAAAGCCUAUAAGGUGGACGUCAGCAAAUACGAUGAAAUUGUGGAACUCAAUAAAAAACUAACCGAUGACAUUGGUGCCGCCACUAUACUUGUGAAUAAUGCAGGGUUGAUGCUCCAUGCAGAUAGGCUAAAUCCCACAGUCGAGGAAAUUCAAACGAUGAUAAAUGUUAACUAUACUUCACAUUUCUGGACAAAUCGUGUAUUCAAAGAAAAUAUGAGGCGUGCCGAGAAAGGGUAUAUUAUGGCAAUAUGUUCAAUAGCCGGUCUUCAUGUAAUGGUGGAGAACGAACCGUAUAGCAGUACUAAGUUUGCUGUGCGCACCCUAAUGCGAGCACUGCGAGCUUUAUUGAAAAUUGAAGGAUUGCAUUAUAUUCAUCUUACUACCGUAUUUCCUAUAUUUAUUGCAACUAGCUCAAAACUUAUCCAGUUAUCUAUAGAUGAAGGCUUCGGUAAAAUAUAUCCAUUACUAAAAAGUGAAGAAGUGGCGCAGAGAGCUGUAUCGGGAAUGUUACGUGGUGAAGUGGAAGUCAUCAUACCCAGUUACAUUGCACUCACGUAUCGCCUCUACGUCCUUUUCCCACAAAGAGUUCAAGAUUGGAUCAAUGCUUUCUAUGUGAGACGAUCAAAAAAGUAUAAAAAAAUAUGAACAACAACUCUCUCACAAUUUGCAAAAACCAAAGGCGGAAAUGUAUUUAGAGGUGUUAACGAAAAUUUUUGUUAAAAAAUUAUCACUUCAUUUCAAAAUUCAUUAUUCGACGAAAUAGAAUACAAUCUUAUUUGAAAUCUUAGCAGCUUAUUCUACAAAACAUAACUAACUUACUUAUUUUAUGUACAAAGCUAAGCGUCAUAGUCGAAAUAUUUAUAUCAAAACCAAUAACAUAUCUCAAAAUGAAUAUAGUCGUCAUACUUGGCCCCACGAAAGUAUGUACCGAUGUCUGUAAUAUUCUCAUCCGAACAGCGAUUUGCUAAUUACAAUAUAAUCGCUUAAUAUGAUAGAAGUAUUGAAUAUUAAUUAUAGGAUAUAAGCGUAAUUAAAACGGAAGAAUUUUAACGUAUUGUGUAUAUGAGGGAAAAGUCAAAAGAGAAAUGAUUUUAUUAGGGAUAUCGAUCCAAGGUCGCCAGCAAUAAAUCUCACAUAAUUACAUUAAA